AUGGCCAUUCCACGUGCUCUCUCUCCCAGCUACUGGUUGGACCGCGCCCUAACCAUCUUUCUAAAGCUUAUUCUCGCCGUACUCUUAAAAACGCUCAGUAUCGUAAAAGGCGAAGACACUGCUGUCAUAACUGUAAAUGUGGAGACGAUUAGAAAUUCAAGAGGCUCUUUACAUUUGACUCCGCCAUCGAAUGGCGAAUUUAAGGCCGGCCUUAUCGAAGUCGAAAAAAUCAGAGGAUGGGAGGUUGAAGAUGUGAAAGCUAGAGAGGUGGAAUUCAACGAUACAAGAUUCGAAGGAAUUAAAUUCAACGAAGAAAGUUAUGAAGUCAGAGUCAAUAGAGAUAUCUAUGCACCUAUAGUCGACGAAACUAAAAUCACUGAACAGGUCAGUGAGAAAGUUGUAGAGACGGAAGUCCAAGUGGAUGAAGCCCAUUUCGAUGGCUUCGAUGAUGACGUUGUACUUGAUGAAGAGCAUCUCGAAGCGUUUUACAAUGAAUCUAAAGUUGAUGAAGUUGAGGUUAAUGAAACUCAUGUCGAUGAGGUUGAAGUCAAUGAAGUUCAUGUCAAUGAGGUUGAAGUCGAUGAAGUCCAUGUCGAUGAGGUCAAAGUCGAAGAAGUCCAUGUCGAUGAGGUCAAAGUCGAUGAGAUCGAAGUCAAUGAAGUCCAUGUCGAUGAGGUCGAAGUCGAUGAGGUCAAAGUCGAUGAGAUCGAAGUCAAUGAAGUCCAUGUCGAUGAGGUCGAAGUCGAUGAGGUCGAAGUCGAUGAGGUCAAAGUCGAUGAGAUCGAAGUCAAUGAAGUCCAUGUCGAUGAGGUCAAAGUCGAAGAAGUCCACGUCGAUGAGGUCGAAGUCGAUGAAGUCCAUGUCGAUGAGGUCGAAGUCGAUGAGGUCAAAGUCGAAGAAGUCCACGUCGAAGUCGAUGAGGUCGAAGUCGAUGAGGUCAAAGUCGAAGAAGUCCAUGUCGAUGAGGUCGAAAUCAAUGAAGUCCAUGUCGAUGAAGUCGAAGUCGAAGAAGUCCAUGUCGAUGAGGUCGAAGUCAAUGAAGUUCAUGUCGAUGAGGUCGAAGUCAAUGAAGUUCAUGUCGAUGAGGUCAAAGUCGAAGAAGUCCACGUCGAUGAGGUCGAAGCCGAAGUCAAUGAAGUUGUUGAGGAAAUCAAAGUCGAAGCCGAAAUCAAUGAAGUCCAUGUUGAUGAAGUUGAAGUCAAUGAGGUCGAAGCCGAAGUCAGUGAAGUUGUCGAGGAAGUCAAUGAAGCCAAUGAAGUCAAUGAAGCCCAUGUUGAUGAAGUCGAAGUCAAUGAGGUCGAAGUCGAUGAAGUUCAUGUCGAUGAAACGAUACAGACGGAAACCGAAGAGACUAUUGAGUUCGCAGAAAAAGAAGUUGCCCAAACGGAAGAGGUUAUAAUAACAGAAACUGUAGAGACUAAUAUCAGUGAAGUCGAAACCGAAGAAACAAAACUUGAACAAGAAAAUGUUGAAGAGAAUUUCGAUGAAGAAGCACAUGUCGACGAGGAAGUUGAGACUCUUCCAUUCCAACCAGAGACCGUCGUUAACGAAACUCUAGCCGAUUUCGCUGAUAAAACAACCGAACUGACUGAUGGCGAAAGUACAGUUGUUAGCGAUGCAGAGCAGGAAGAAUCUGAGCCUAAAUCAUAUCCCGAAGAAAAUGAGCCUGCUCAAUUCGCCGAAGAGAACACAAAUAACACUCCACCAGAAAUGAAAACUUCACAUGAGCCUGCUCAAUUCGCCGAAGAGAACACAAGUAACACUCCAAUGAAAACUUCACAUGAGCCUGGACUUGCACAAUUCGAUAACAGUCCCAUAGUAUCGGUUGAUUUCCACUGGAAACACGGCGGCAACAGAGCUGUUCUUACUGGCGAUUUUGAUAACUGGCAAUCAACUUACGAAAUGACAAAACUUCCAAACGGUGAAUUCGUUGCGAAAAUACCAAUCGACCGCAACAAGGAGCAUCAUUUCAAGUUUGUAAUCGACGGCGAGUGGAGAUGCAAUCCUGACUACCAAACAACACGAGAUCAAUAUGGAAACGAGAACAAUGCCCUAUCGGCAUUACCAGUUGAUAUAGUUAGCGAAUUCAAGAGUGAUAUUGCGACAUCUUCCUUCCAACUCGCCACAGCAUUCUAA